GCCGCCGCCGCCGCGCGAACUGCCCGCUCCCCCUCAGCUGCCGCUGAGCCGCGCCCGAAUCCGGCCGACGAGGCUGCACACGCAGCCAGGAGCCCGCGAGCCCGCCGCCCUCCGAGGGCGCCCCCGACCUCGCCAUGGUGAAGGUGACGUUCAACUCGGCCCUGGCCCAGAAGGAGGCCAAGAAGGAUGAGGCCAAGAGCGGCGAGGAGGCGCUCAUCAUGCCCCCCGACGCCGUGGCGGUGGACUGCAAGGACCCGGAUGAAGUGGUACCAGUUGGCCAGAGAAGAGCCUGGUGCUGGUGCAUGUGCUUCGGACUGGCGUUUAUGCUUGCUGGUGUCAUUCUGGGAGGUGCAUACCUGUACAAGUACUUUGCUCUUCAACCAGAUGACGUGUACUACUGUGGGAUCAAGUACAUCAAAGACGAUGUCGUCUUAAAUGAGGCUUCCCCUGAUGCCCCGGCUGCUCACUACCAAACCAUCGAGGAAAACAUCAAGAUCUUUGAAGAAGAGGAGGUGGAGUUCAUCAGUGUACCUGUCCCAGAGUUUGCAGAUAGUGACCCUGCCAACAUUGUUCAUGACUUUAACAAGAAACUCACAGCUUACUUGGAUCUGAACCUGGAUAAGUGCUAUGUGAUUCCUCUGAAUACUUCCAUUGUCAUGCCACCCAGAAGUCUGUUGGAGUUACUCGUUAACAUCAGGGCUGGGACCUAUCUGCCUCAGUCCUAUCUGAUUCACGAACACAUGGUUAUCACGGAUCGCAUUGACAAUGUCGACCACUUGGGAUUCUUUAUUUAUCGACUCUGCCAUGACAAAGAAACAUACAGACUGCAGCGCAGAGACACUAUUAGAGGUUUGCAGAAGCGUGAAGUCAGCAAUUGUGCCACAAUUCGGCAUUUUGAAAACAAAUUUGUUGUGGAGACUUUAAUUUGUUCUUGAAGAGUCAAGAAGACACUCUGAGGAUUUAAUUCAACAGCAUAACCCCAUUCUUUGUAUUUUGUGCAGUGAUUAUUUUUUAAAAUCUUUCAUGUAAGUAGCAAACAGGGCUUGCUAUCUUUUCAUCUCAUUAAUUCAAUUAAAGCCAUUAUCUU